AUGCAAUAUUUAUUGUUUACUUAUAUAGUUAGAAACCAUUUUGAAGUUGAUCUAGAGGAAAGCAACUUGGUUCAUAAAUUGUUUUUAAUUUAAAUUAUAUAAUUUAUAUAUAAUUGUAUGGCAUCCUCAUCAAAAACUGAUUAAAUUUACCUGAUGACACUUUUCAAAGAAAUCAAGACUAGCGUCUUUAAGUAAGAUAUAAGUUAAUGUUAGAGUGUUUUGCUUGAUUUUAAAAGAAUAAGAACAAACAUUUAGUUAGACUGUGUUAUUGUCAACAAUAUAGUUGCUCUAAUUACUUUAUAUUCCUUUUGCUCUAAAAAUAAAAUACAUUUGGAAAAAUAAUUAAGUAACAGAUGUAAUCAACAGAAUAUUAAGGUAAAUAAAUGUAUUAAAUAUGAGUUAUUUUGAAAUUUUGUUACAUGUAAAAGACCAGGGUUUUUCAGUAUUUUUAUAUCUGUUUUACUCAUUUUCUGGAUUGAUUGUUUUAAUUAUGUUAGGAUUAACUUUAUUAGUGAAUCAAUAAAAUAGAAAAAACAGUACAAAUUGGAUAGUAUUGGUUGUUAGAAUAAGUAUAAAAUUAAUGAUUACAAUCUUAUUUUUUCCAAUAAAUUAAAUUUUCUUUGGAGUAUUUUAUUAAUCUAAUUACAUAGUUAUUAGCAUGUACAAAUAAUUCAAAUGGUGUUAGCGUAUUGGUAUAUUAAACAGAUCUUAUAUGUUGGUCAGAUGAGCAUACAAUUCAUGCAGUUUUAUCAAUUUUUAUUAUAUUGCUAUUUUAGAUACAAAUUAACACAUUUACCUUAUUUUUGUUUGAAGCCAAGAAAUCAAAUAUAGAUGUUUUUGCAUAAAGAUCUGGUAGAUAGUUUUCUUUAUUCCAUAUUUAUAUAACAUUGUCUACUAUGGUUUAUUAAUUAGUAGAAACACCAGCCUAUAGUAUAAUAAUUAUUUUGACUAUGUUUAUCUUAAGUCUUCACUUUUUUUAUUAGAUUAAGUAUUCAGCUCCCUUUUAUAAUUAAAAUGUUUAAAAAUUAUGGAAUGUAAUUACUGCAAUCAAUUGUUGGACUACAUUAAUGAUCAAUUUUGCAUAUUUUUUAGAGGGAUAAUAUUUUUAGAAUUCCUUACUUGGAUAUGCUUUGGGAAUUCCUAUACUUAUAGGAAUCAUUUUUAAAUAAUAGAAUGAAGAAAUAGAUCUCCUAUUUUCAAAUCUUAAUUAAGCAUAAUAACCUAAUGAAUUGAUAUCUUUAUGUGCUUAUCUAUUGAUUUUAAAUGAGAAAUCAAUCAAAGAUUAACAUUCUUAAUUACUAUUAGAUGCAUUCUUAGAAAUUCAUGAAUAAACAUGUCCUAGAUUAGAUUGUAUUAUGAAGAAUAAAUAAUUAUUACGAUAAAUCUAAAAUAAACAUUAAAAUAAAUAAAUAGAAAACAAGAUUAUUAUAAAUGAAUUAAUAAUUUAAAUGUUAACUUUUGGAAUCAAAAUGUAACCAUUAAAUAUAGAUCUUCGUUUAUAUUAUUCAUUUUUUUUGAUGGAUGAAAUUAAAUCACCUUAAUUGGCAUUUAUUGAAUUAUCUUAAGCAGAAAAUAAUUCAAUUCCUAUUGAUCAAUAAUUUAUUAUAUAUAGAUACAAAAAGCUUAUUGAAGAUGUUUAAGUGGAAAAUGAUAUAACUAAAGUAGAUGCUAAUAAUUUUAUUAAUAAUUAAAAUAUAUAGAUUUCCUUAAAUUCUAAAUUAGAAGCAUAAUGUAUACUUUAAUUAGAAUUUCUGGCUGCUUUAGAAGAAGAAAAACCAGAUCUUGCUAAAUUAGAUAGUGUAGGAUUUAAAAUAUUAAGAUUAAGAAAAUUUAUUGAAAAAGAAUGGUAAAAAGUUUAACAAUAAAAUGCCUAUUCACCUAUGUUAUAUAAAAUUAUGAGUAAAUAUUUCUUUUUUGUUCUCAGUGAUGAAUAUGAAGGAAAUAUGACAUUAAUGAAGUAAGAUAAAUUUAUUAAACUUUAAAUAAAUGAUGUAGUUAAUUUAGAAUAAGCAUCUAUGGAAUCAUCACCAAUUAUUAUAUUAAAUACUGAUCAAAAUAAUUUCUGUAUAAUCAAAGAUGUUAAUAUAGCAUCUUGUAGUUUUCUAGGUUUUUCAAAAAGUGAUCUAAUAGAAAGAAAACUAUCUGUUAUUCAACCAUAAAUGUAUUGAUUUCAUCUAUUUUAGAUAUAUAAAUCAUCAUGAUUAAUUGAUUGAUAAUUAUUUAAAACGUAUUACUGAUAUUUAAAAAUCAAAGGUUGAAAAAGUUAUUUUUAUCAAAAAUAAAUAAGGUUAUAUUUAAUAAUGUUCAUUAUAAAUUAAAUAAAUAAUGACAUAAAAUUAAGAAGUUUUUUUAAUAGGAAAAAUAGGAAUAGAAUUACUUUAUAAACCUAUAUGUUAUUUAAUUUGUAAUACUGAUGGAAUAAUAAAAGAAAUUAAUUGUGCAUGUAUAAAACUAUUACGUUUAGAAAUCUAAAUGAUUAAAGCUAGUAAUAAAAAUAUAAAAGAUUUGUUUCCUGAUAUAAUGAGCAGAAUACCUGAAAUAUUGGGGAAAAAAAAUUCAAUCAUAUCUUUUAAUUUAAAUACAAAUUAAUUAAACCCUUAAAGAUCAUCAUCGAUUAAAUCAUCAGGAAUGGAUAGCACUCUUUUAGAUGAUUGUGUAGUAGAUGAAAUUCUUAAAUUAUAAUGUUAAAUUUAAGAAAUAUAUAUUGAUUUACCUUAAGCUGGUUUAGUUGGAUAUGUAUUUAAAUUUGAAAAAAUUACACCACCAUAAUUACCUACUAUUCAUAAUACUAUGGUGGAUAAUUUUUAUAAAUUUAAUUUUAAAUUUAAUUCAUAAUAAUUUACAUAUUUUGGAUCCUAUUAAAAUUAUAUGUAAACUUUACAUAAAAUCAGCUAUGAUACUAGUUCAGCUGUUUCAUCUUAAGAAGACUUAUAAUUAAGAUAAGUAAAUAGAAAAUAAACAAAAAAAUCUACAAGCAUAAGUAAUGGAAUUAAAACAGUUAGAUUGAUUAAUGGUAUGUUAAUUGAUGUUGAAGAUCUUUCAGAAGAAGAGAUUUCUGAAGGGGAAUAAAAUGAAUUAGAAAAUAUCAAAUAAGAAACUAAAGAUUCAGAUAAUGUUUUAUAAUCUGAUUAUAUGUUUCUAAAAACUAAAUCCACUUUGAUUUUAAUGAUCAAAAAUUCUAUAAUUCCAUCAUUUCUAAAAUCAUUAAGAUAUCUAAUAUCAAUAUUGAUUGUUGGUUUACUCACCUUAGGAUAUUUGUAAUUUUUUUUUGAUCUUAGUUAUCAAGAUAAAAUCUAAAAUGGUUUAGAUUUAUUUUACUUAAGCAAUUAAAGAUUAUCUAAAAUUCUAAUAGUUUAAUCUUAUAUAUAAGAACUAAAACUAAUGAAUUUAAAAUAUGAUAACUUAAUAUCAAAGUUUAAUUUUGAUGAAAUUAAAGCAGCUAACAUUAAAACUUUAAAUGAAAUAAUAGAAUUAUAAUCAAUAUUAAGUCAAGCAAAUUUUCAAUUAGCCCCUUAAUAUCUCUCUUAUUAAUAAGAAUAUGAAAAUUCUUAAAUUGAAAUGACUCAAUCAAAUUUGGUCAUCAAUUAUACAUUUAAUGAAGCAAUAGAAUAAACUUUAGUAAAAGCUAUAUCCUUAUCAUAAUAAGAUCUUUCAUCUUACACAGAUGAUAAUGUAGAUUUAAAUUAUUUUGAAAUAAAUUCUUACAAUUCAAUUGUAUAUCAUAAUUAUGUAGCUUAAUUUUAUUACUACUACUAUAUGGUUACCAUUUUAGAGGAUAAAUCAUAAAAUGUCUAAAUUAUCCUUAUUAUAGUAACCUUAAUUUUAUUUAUAAUGUAUAUUAUAUUAUAUCUAAUUUUAGUUAUGUAGCAUGUUCAGUGUUAAUACUGAAAAUUAAAAAUAUCAGAGAUAAUAUACUAGUUUUAUUAUUAUAAGUACAUGAGUAAUAAAUUAUAAUUUUGAAGAAAAGUUAUGAAUAUUUUUUAUAACUUAUUUAGAGUAAAGAAGAUGAAGAAGUAAAAUUUUUAUUCAUAAUAUUUAGAAUUUAGAUUACGAAGAAGAGUUAAGAAAACCAGUCUAAUAUCAAGAUGAAGGAGCUUAAGAUUCUUUAAGAACAAAUGAUAAUGAUGAGGCAUCAUUUUUGAUAAAAAAAAAAAGAAAAAAGUUUGAGAAUAGUCACACUAUUUUAAGAAACAUUCUAGUUUUCAUUAUAUUCAUAAUUUCUAUUUUCUAAGCUUAUUUUAUUUUUCUAAUAAUCGAUAAUAAUGUAUAAUUUGAUUUUUAUUAAAGAAUCUUGAUUCAAGAUAUAAUAAAAUUUUACCAGUUGUAAAUUUAACUUCAAUUAUAGAAUCAUAUUUAAGAUUUGGUGAUAAUUCAUUUAAAUAAAAAUAUAUUGAUAAAGAUUUUGUAAUUAAUUUUGGAGAAUUUGAUACUUCAGAGUAUAUAUAAACUUUAAAAAAUAUGGUAUCAGAUAUUCACAAAUAUCAUUCUUAAAACUCAGAUGUUUUGGAUUUAGGAUAUGUAGGAGUUUUUGAAUAAAUCUUUAUUCUAAAUCCUUGUAAUUUAAUAAAAGACUUUAAUUCAGGAGUCUCAUAAUCUGAAUGUGAAAGUUUUAAUGAUGGUAUAAUAAACUAAGGAUUAUCGAUGGCAACUAUAAAAUAUAUAAAAUAUUUAGAGCAAGCUCUGACAAAUCCAGUUUAUUUUACAAAUGUUAGAAAGACUUAAUUAACUUAUUUUAAAGACUCUUUCUAAUAUUUAGGUGAAAAGUUAGUAGAAUCAAUAUCAAAUGAUUUUUCAGUAAAUCAAUUAACUAAAGUAUCAUUAUUUACUGUGUUUAAUUUAUUAAUGUUAUUUGUGUAUUUUUUUAUAUGGAUACCUUUGGUGAGGAAUCUGAUCCAAUCAAUAAUAAAAACUAGAUUAUUAUUUUCAUUAAUUCCAAAUAAUGAUUUGCUUAAGUAAAGAAUUUAAAAUAUGAAAUAUAGAAUAAAAGCUAUCAUCUAAUAUCUAUUAUAAAUAAGAAAUCCUGUGUGA